CGGAAGUGGUACUGCCCUGAACGAUACGCUGAGCGAGACGGAGGACGGAGGCUGAAUUGUCCAGAGAGAGAAAAAAAGCAGGACUAAAAAUCGCCAAUCUUUCUAGAAAAUGGAUAAGAACGACCUGGUACAGAAGGCCAAGCUUGCUGAGCAGGCUGAGCGCUAUGAUGACAUGGCUGCUGCCAUGAAGUCGGUGACAGAGCAAGGUACUGAGCUGUCAAAUGAGGAGCGCAAUCUUCUCUCUGUUGCCUACAAGAAUGUGGUAGGAGCACGCCGCUCAUCCUGGCGUGUCAUCUCCAGCAUCGAGCAGAAGACUGAGGGCAAUGACAAAAAACAGCAGAUGGCACGUGAAUACCGGGAGAAGAUUGAAGCUGAGCUGCAGGAAAUCUGCAAUGAUGUGCUCGGGCUACUGGACAACUUUCUCAUUAGCAAUGCAUCUGCUCCUGAGAGCAAGGUGUUCUAUCUGAAAAUGAAAGGCGACUAUUAUAGAUACCUGUCUGAGGUUGCAUCUGGGGAUUCUAAGAAGGACACAGUGGACAACUCCCAGCAGGCGUACCAGCAAGCUUUUGAUAUUAGCAAGGGGGAUAUGCAGCCAACACACCCUAUCCGGCUUGGCCUGGCCCUCAACUUCUCAGUCUUUUACUAUGAAAUCCUCAACAACCCGGACAAGGCCUGCAGCCUGGCUAAGGCGGCAUUUGAUGAAGCCAUCGCUGAACUUGACACUUUGAACGAGGAUUCUUACAAAGACAGCACCCUGAUCAUGCAACUACUAAGGGACAACCUGACUCUGUGGACAUCAGAAAACCAGGCAGAUGAGGGAGAGACCGGAGACGGGGAAAACUAAUGGAAUUGCACUGUUAAUCCACCUACACUCUUAUCUUAAACACAGACAGCUUAUAUACAUCCCCCUCCACUCCAUCAGCUCCUCCCACUUCUGUAUGACAAGCAGCCUGAAUUGCUCCUGACCAACUAGUUUACCCCUCUCAGUUCACUGUGAGGUGACAGGGUAAUUUUCAGUUAGCAGAUUCAGUCACUUUGUGGAAACAUGUAUUGAUUAGUGAGUCCAUGUUGCUGUUGUUUUUGUCGGCUUUGUGUGUACGUCUGUAUGUAGUGAGAGAGCAAGUGUGAAAGAGUGUGUGCGUGUGUGCGUGAGUG